UGAAGGCUGAUCCUGAUCCUCAGUCAGACUCUGGGUGAUGAGCCAGACCCAUAGUCGCCGCGCGGUGUAUUGUGGGAACACACAGCAGUUUCAAGAUGGCGGCGAGCAGGAGGCUGGCCAAGGAACUUGAAGAGAUUAAGAGGUCUGGAAUGAAAAACUUCAGAAACAUUCAAGUUGAGGAAUCAAACCUAUUGUCAUGGCAAGGGCUCAUCGUUCCUGACAACCCUCCUUAUGACAAAGGUGCGUUCAGAAUCGAAAUCAUUUUCCCCACCGAGUACCCCUUCAAGCCUCCCAAGAUCACAUUCAAGACAAAGAUCUAUCACCCCAACAUCGAUGAGAAGGGCCAGGUGUGCUUGCCUGUGAUCAGUGCAGAGAACUGGAAGCCUGCCACCAAAACUGACCAAGUAAUUCAGUCCCUCAUUGCGCUGGUGAACGACCCCCAGCCGGAGCAUCCCCUUAGGGCAGACCUAGCAGAAGAAUACUCAAAGGACCGUAAAAAAUUCUUGAAGAACGCUGAAGAGUUUACAAAGAAACACGGCGAAAAGCGGCCAACUGACUGAUCACCUGACGAGCUUGUAGCCCUCUCUCUGUCUCUUUCUCCCCCCCCCCACCCCACCUCUCCUCCUAUCUCACCUGCCCCGACCAAAUACCGAUCUUCCUCUCACCUCCUCUGCUCCCCCCCCCCCCCCCCCCCACUCCUCACCACCUUCCUCGCUCACUCUCUCUCCUCCCCCCUCCCUCCCUCCCUCCCUUUCUCCCCCACACCGAUCCUCCCUGCAGUCCAGGAGCCGCCCAGCUGAAGCCGGGCAGCGGCAGCCUCAGCCUCCCUCCCCAUCCAGGACUCUCUGUGGAUCAGACAGCUUCCUCCCCCCCACCCCCCCACCCCCCUUAUUACUACUGCUCCUCCUCGGCCAUAAAUCUCCAGACCAUUUCUAACUUUCUACUCUUUUCUUAAUGUGAGAAAUGGAAAAGGAAAUGCUAAGGGAACAUGAUGUUCAGAUGGAGAGUUAGAUGGAAAUACUGAGUAAAGUGUUAAUUUUCUGUUUGCUUUUCCUCUAUAUAAACAACUCUUUGUGUUAAAUAGAUCUCACUUAGACAGGAUUUUUUCUGAAGUAUUUUAUUUUUUGCAGAGCAGGAAAACUGGUUGAUUAUUCUUUUUUUUUUUCUUUUGGCCCCACCAUCAAUAAUCUUUUAAGCUAAAAAUAAAUAAAUAAGCGUGACAGAAAGAAGGGAAGCUGUAGGUAGGACCUGGAGGUGUUGUGCCGAUUGAAAUGUUCCCCUUACUCACCUCCACUGCUUCUAGACUUGCACUGUACUCUAUGGGACAAUCCCUCUCACAUCUCCUUCCCCACAGUUUGUAACCUACUGGGCAGAAAACAAAACCAUGGCAGGCCAUACAUUAAUUGAAUUGUUAUUGCUGAAAAUGCAGCAGAAUAUUUUUGACUGUUAAAGAAAAAAAUAAUUGGUUUCCAAACACUCCAAACAUGCAGUUAUCAUCAGCAGGCCCUUAAAGACUCUGCCCACAUUUGAUGGGCUUUUUUCAACACGGAUCAGACCAUGCUGUUCUGUUAAAACAGAUUUUUUUCAUUUAUUAAUAAUUUGCUUUCUCCACUUGAAAUAGUGUAGAUUGGCACUUAAUACACAAAAUUGGUAACGGGGAGGAACCUGUUUGAUUAAUUUGAAUCUUUUUACGCAUGUCUCCUCUCCCACUAUUGGGCCCCCCAUAAUAACCACCCUAUCACAUCAGAAACAGAGCCCUUUACCACAAUGAGACAUAUUCCAGCGGCAGAUGGACUGUCAGCUGCCCAGCUGAAAGGGACCUAACUUCGUCGGGAGGGGGGGAAGGAGAAGCUGGAGAAGGAUGCACUCAGCUGGAAUGAAGAAGCUCAGCUCCUGGAGGCGGUCCUAGAAACAAGCACCUUGAAGGCAGCUGGGAGAGGGCUGGCUGUCCGGGGGAUGUGUCAGGACACGGAAAGGGACUGCAGUGGCCAAAAAAACACCAUGUAACAGCUGUUUGAUCUGGUCCCAAUAUUGUUUCAUAAUAAAGAUGGCUAACCAUUUGGCCUCACUGUCUGCCUGGUA